AUGUCAACAGGGCUCCAGAACAGCUUGUCUGCUGCGAGAAGGCGCGCCGUCACAAGUAUAGAAGCCAAAGCCCAUCGAAACGGUUGGAAAUUGGAACGUCAAACCACAUCGUUUGCCAACGAGGAAGGCACCUGGUCCAACAUCGACUCAGACGUGACCCCCUUGGAGAGAAGGACGUGGGGCUCUUGGUCGCUGCUAGGCUUCUGGUGCAGUGACGCACUCAAUGCUCAGGGAUGGGAAGCACCUAGUGCCAUCAUCGCUGCUGGGCUUACAUGGAAAGAAGCAAUCUAUCUUUGUUUGGUUGAUGCGGUUCCGCUCAUGCUAAAUGGAGCUAUCGGUGCUCAUUAUCAUAUCCCCUACCCGAUUGUCGCCCGAGCAUCUUUUGGAUUCUACCUUUCACGCUUUGCAGUCAUCACUCGAAUGGCCACUGCGUUGUUCUGGCACGCAAUACAGGCUUGGACUGGUAGUACAGCAAUGUUGCAGAUGAUACGGGCUAUCUGGCCAGGUUUCUUGGACAUCCCCAACCAUCUCCCUGAGAGUGCUGGCAUCACUUCUAACCAAUUGAUCGCCCACUUUGUCUUUUUCUGGGUCCAGUUCCCAAUCUUGCUGACGCCUCCGCACAAGCUCAAGUGGUUCUUCGCUUUCAAGACUCUUAUCGUUCCGGUGGUUAGCAUCGCGACCGUGGUGACGAUGGUUCACAAAGCAGGAGGAGUUGGCGACAUCUGGCAUCAGGACUAUCAGACUUCAGGAUCAGCUCGAUCGUGGAUCAUCCUCAGUAAUUUCUCUUCCCAAUGCGGAGGAUGGGCGACGAUGGCUACGAACAUCCCGGACUUCACUCGGUACAUGAAGCGAAGCAAGGGUGUCUAUUGGCAGGCCCUGUUUCUGCCAGUUGUGAACCUCCUCAUGUCUAUGUUCGGCGUCAUCAGUACAUCUUGUUCCAAAGUCGUCUAUGGCGAGUACAUCUGGUCCCCUCUCGAACUGGCUGCGCAAUGGGAUGGUCCUGGCGGGCGAUGCGGAGCUUUCUUCGUUGGUUUCUGCUGGGUUGUCGCUCAAAUUGGAACGAAUCUGUCUGCAAGCGUAAUCUCGUGCUCGAACGACAUGAUCAGUCUUUUUCCAAAGUACAUCAACAUGCGACGAGGGGUCGUCAUCACUACAUUCACCUCUUGUUGGAUCAUGGUUCCGUGGAAAAUCGUCUACUCGGCAGCUUCACUCUUGACAUUCAUGUCAGGCUUGGCCAUCUUCCUUGCUCCAAUCGCCGCACUUCUCGCCACGGACUACUGGCUCGUCAAGAAGCGCAACUUCGAUGUCCCUGCCCUCUACCGAAAACGAGAUCGUUACUGGUAUACUGGGGGUGUGAACUGGCGAGCCGCCAUUGCCUUUAUGGUUGCCGUGAUACCCAAUACUCCAGGGCUAGCAAAAUCGGUCAACUCAUCUGUUGUCAUCAACGACCAGGUCCAACGAAUCUACGACAUGAAUUAUCUCUAUGGCUUUUGCAGCGCUGCGAUCUUGUAUUAUGGACUCAACCUGGCCUUCCCAGCGAAGGAAACGCUGCUUGACAGUCCAAUAUACGAAGACGUCAUCACUCAAGAUGGAAUUGAGGUGAUCAACGACGGGAUACAGCUGAGCAGCGGAAAGAAUGGAGAGAAGAUUGACAACACUGUUGUCGUCUCAGACCCAUCCACCGAUUAG